CAAUCAUCUUUGUCCUGACAAGCCAUCUCAGAUCUCUGCAAAACAGAUAAAUGGAAGCUGAAUAUUGGUGAGAGCCUAGCAAGGGCAUCAUCUCUCACACUAUAGAGAGAAGUGUCCUGCUUGUUGCUACCUGGAAGACAAGAUGCUGCCUUACCUGACCCUCAACAGUAUUUCCUGGAUGCUGCUCUUCUAUCUGUUGUUCCUGUUUCAGGUACAAGGUGAAGGCUCCCAGAAGGACCUGCCUUCUCCACGUACCAGCUGCCCCACGGGCUCUAAGGCUUAUCGCUCCCACUGCUAUGCCUUAGUUAUGACACCCAAAUCCUGGUUUCAAGCAGAUCUUGCCUGCCAGAAGAGGCCCUCAGGACACCUCGUGUCUAUUCUUAGUGGAGGUGAGGCUUCUUUUGUGUCCUCCCUGGUGAAUGGCAGAGUGAACAACUUCCAAGACAUCUGGAUUGGGCUCCAUGAUCCAACAAUGGGUCAACAACCUAAUGGAGGUGGAUGGGAGUGGAGUAACUCCGAUGUGCUGAAUUACAUUAACUGGGAUGGGGAUCCUUCCUCUACUGUCAACCGCGGUCACUGUGGGAGUCUGACAGCAGCCUCGGAGUUCCUGAAGUGGGGAGACCAUCACUGUGAUGGGGAAUUACCCUUUGUCUGCAAGUUCAAGCUGUAGACAAGCAGCAUCUUAAGUUUAUCAUAACAAGGGAUGAAAUACAAGAAUUCACCUGGAGAGGCAAUCAUGCAUCAGAUUUCUUAUUCUGGUUUUACGUCUUCUGUCAUCCAUCUCCUUCCCUGAAUUUCAGGCAUUUUGGUACAGUUCCUGCUUUGAAAUCUUGCUGAUAAAUAAUAAAUAAAACCUUUUGGUUUUAA